GCUCCAGCAGCAGCUGCAAACCCACGAUGGCAGCGCCCAAGAAAGCGUGUGUGAUCGGCUCCGGGAACUGGGGAUCUGCCAUUGCCAAGAUCGUGGGUGCCAACGCAGCCAAAUAUGACAAAUUUAACACCACAGUAAAUAUGUGGGUGUUUGAGGAGAUGGUGAAUGAGCGUAAACUCUCAGAAAUCAUCAACACAGACCAUGAAAAUGUGAAAUACCUGCCAGGUCACAAGCUGCCAACCAAUGUGGUGGCUGUUCCAGACCUGGUUGAGUCUGUGAAAGGAGCGGACAUCCUGAUCUUUGUGGUUCCUCACCAGUUCAUCGGGAGAGUGUGUGAUACCAUCAAAGAUCACGUAAAGAAAGAUGUUGUUGGAAUGUCUCUCAUCAAGGGUGUAGAUGCAGGUCCCGAGGGUCUGAAGCUCAUCUCAGAGGUCAUCCGAGGAAGACUGGGCAUCACCAUGACUGUCCUCAUGGGUGCAAACAUCGCUAAUGAGGUUGCUGAUGAGAAGUUCUGUGAAACAACAAUUGGGUGCAGGGACAAGGUAGUGGGACCACUGCUGAAGGAGCUGAUGGAGACCCCCAACUUCCGUGUGACUGUGGUGGAGGAGUCUGAUGUGGUGGAGAUCUGUGGGGCGCUCAAGAACAUUGUGGCAGUGGGAGCAGGUUUCUGUGAUGGCCUGGGAUUUGGGGACAACACCAAAGCUGCGGUGAUUCGUCUCGGCCUGAUGGAGAUGAUUGCCUUUGCCAAGGUCUUCUGCACAAACUGUCCCGUCUCCCCCACCACCUUCCUGGAGAGCUGCGGUGUCGCUGACCUCAUCACGACCUGCUACGGAGGACGCAAUCGCAAGAUCGGAGAGGCUUUCGCUAAAACGGGCAAAAGCAUUGAGCAGUUGGAGAAUGAGCUGCUCAAUGGGCAGAAGCUCCAGGGUCCGGCCACAGCAAGUGAGGUCAACGUAAUCUUAAAACAGAAAAACAUGUUGGAAAAGUUUCCUCUUUUCACUGCUGUUCAGGAGAUCUGCUUCAAUGGCCACCCAGUCACAGAUUUUAUCAAGUGUUUGCAAAACCACCCAGAGCACAUGUGAAACUCUGACAUGAGGAAUCAUGGACUGGAUGGAAGCUGGGAAAGACUUUUACAUUAGAGCUCCUGUAUCACCAAGAUGUGAGUGAAGGAGACACUUUGGGUGAAGUUUCUUUUCUUAGUGAAGUCAGUUUGGUUCCCCACCAAAAAAAAAACAAGGACUAGCGUUGCCCUAACCGAACUGCUGACAGAAACAUUUAUUCUGUUUCGGUUUUUACUGAUUGAUAAAUUCUUACGUAAUUCUUCCAAGUCUUAACCAUUUUUAGAUUUUAAAUCACUGCGCCUCACAUGGUCUGAUUAUAUAACAAUGAUGUAAAUGUCAAAUGUAAUGUCACAAAAAUACCAUUAAUAAAAGAGGGUUUUAACAAAGCACUGAACAAAACCUACU